CCUACCCCCGCCUCUGUGUGUAUAUGAGACGCUUGAAAGCGGAACCUCCAAUCGUUCUUCUCACUGAAGCAAAACGUCCUUCCCCGGCUCGAAGAUUGUGAUAAGGAAAUGGCCAACCCAAAGGUUUUCUUUGACGUAUUGAUUGGAAAGAUGAAAGCUGGCAGAAUAGUGAUGGAACUCUUUGCAGAUGUCACCCCUAAAACUGCUGAAAAUUUCCGUGCCCUAUGCACAGGAGAGAAAGGGAUUGGAAUGUCUGGAAAGCCUUUACAUUACAAGGGAUCUAUAUUUCACCGUAUCAUCCCAAACUUCAUGUGCCAAGGAGGAGAUUUCACCAAAGGUAAUGGGACAGGUGGUGAGUCGAUCUAUGGUAUGAAAUUUGUAGACGAGAACUUUAAGCUAAAACAUACAGUGCCUGGAAUUCUUUCGAUGGCAAAUUCUGGUCAAAAUACUAAUGGAUCUCAGUUCUUCAUUACUACUGAGAAGACAACUUGGCUUGAUGGGAAGCAUGUGGUGUUUGGGAAGGUAGUGGAUGGAUAUAGUGUGGUGAAGGAGAUGGAAAAGGUGGGUUCGGGCAGUGGGACGACUUCAUCAACUGUUGUGAUAGAAGAUUGUGGUCAAAUAAAAGAAAAUUGAUGGUGAAAAAAAUGAGAUAAUGGUUGAGGGGGAAGAAUGAAGUGAGAUGAUGAUUUAUGUACCCUUUUUGUUAUCAUGGGAGUUGAAUAUAUUCCGAGAGUUGGAAGUUCUCAAUUAGUAGCUUGGUUUAAGCUGUAUGAGCAAAAUACUUGAAAAUUUUAUUUGCAGUUAUCCCAAAAAUAAUAAUACAGUUUGUGGAACUUAUACUUGUCAAAUAAUGUGUAAAUGUGUUUGGAUCAAUUGCAUGGUUGUUGUUUGCUUGUUUUCACUCUGGAGUAGAUGUUAUGAAUGUAUUGACUGUAGGGUUUUAUCAUGUAAUGC